AAUCAAAUUUAAAAUUAGAAUUAUUUGAACAAACAGCAAAAAACAAUGAAUAUGAAGAAGAAAUCAUGACAUUUACUGAAUUAAUAAAUCAUAAAAGUUUUAAAGAAGAAUUUUAUGAUAUUAUUAAUGGAAGAAUAAUUUUAUAUGAAAUUGUUAUUGUCAAAGAAGAAAAUAAAAUUAAAAAAGUAAAGGGGAAAGAGAUUGAUUUUACUAAAAGAAGAGAAAAUCAAAUGGAUUGGGAACGAUCAGAUACUGACUAUGUUUAUUAUGAUUCAAAUAAACCUAUUGAAAAAUAUUUUAAUACGGAUAAAGUUAAAGUAUAUACCGAAACUGUGUUGAAACAAGCUGAAGAAGAAACAAGAUCAUUAGUAAAGAAUUUUGUUGCACGAAUGAAAAUGAUGAAUAUAGAAGUUCCAAAACCACGACUUGAAUAUUAUGUAUUGUAUAUUCAUGGUAUUAAAGAAGUAUACAAAAGAAUGAUAUUAGUAGAUAAAUUUAAUCCUAAAGAACAUAGAAUUGAUAAAUAUCAUUAUUUAAAAGAUAUUAAAUCAUUUUUAUCUGUUUGUAUGAAAUGUUCUGAGAAAAAAACUGAAGAAUGGUUAGUUAAUUAA